UGACACCAACCCCACCCACUGACAUCAAAUGGACGGCGCUCUGAGCAAACACAUGCCCAUGGACAAGCCGGCGGCGGCGGCGCCGGAAAGGUUCUUCGAGGUGCGCUCGCCGGCGAGUUUCGCGGCGCGGAUGUGGUCGCGCAAGUACAGCGGGGUGCCGGUGGUGCCGGACGGCGACCUGAUCCUCGUGGUCGGGCUCGGCGCGGAGACGACAGAGCUGCGCGCGGACUCGCUGAUCCUCAAGCGGGCGUCGCGGGUGUUUGGGGCGAUGCUGGGGCCGCGGUUCUCCGAGGGCCAGAAGCUGCUGGACCGCGGGGCGGAGCCCGUCAAGAUCAGCCUGCCCGACGAGGACCCGGAGAUCAUGGAGCUCAUCCUCAACAUCCUGCACCACCAGAACUCGCGCGUGUGCCAGAUCGCGGCGGCCGACUCGAUCCUGGAGGUGGCCGUCAUCGCCGACAAGUACGACCUCGUCGACGCGCUCAAGGUUUGGAUCCCGGGCGAUACCAAAGCAACAAGAAAUCACAGGGCUGACCAUUCAAAGUACGCGUCGCAGACCAUGUUGCGGUACCACGAGCCGUCGAUCGAGCACCUGACGGUCGGGGACCUGUGGCGGCUGGGCCUGGCGGCGGGGCUGCUCAACGAGCCCAAGGCGUUUGAGAAGAUCACGCGCAUGCUGGUGUGGAACCACACGGUGCCGUACAUCCAGCUGGCCGACGCCGAGGACGCCAUCGACAUUGAGUUUGCGCUGCGCAUGUGCUACCUCCUCGAAAAGGAGCGGCAGGACCUCAAGACGUCGCUGCUGCUGCACCUGCUGCCCAUCAUCUCGACGGGCAACCAGCUGCGGCUCGUCGAGAUCAAGGUCGACUCGGCGGAGCACUUUGACGCGUGGCCGGAGCUGAUGAAGCUGUUCGGGGCGAGCCUCAAGGAGACGACGAGGUUCGCCGAGGGGCUGGUCUUGGCGGACCGAAGCCGCCGGGCGGCCGGCCCCGGUUCCGACUUUAUGAGGCACUUCAGGACCCGCGGCGGCAUACGCCUGGCCGACGCGCGGAGGGGACGGGGCUGACGGGCGGCCAGACGGACGGACGGACGGACGGACGGACAGACAGGCAGACAGACAGACAGACGGGGUCUGAUUCUAGAACGUGGCGAACUUUUGCUUCCAUGGAUCGUCGUUUAACCUCAGCGGGCAGCAGCGGGACCAAUUGCAUGGGGUUGGCAGGGAAAUCCAAGUUAAUUUUUUUCCCUUCCCCUUCUUUCUCUGUACCCACGGUGACAGCCGAGGUCCAUCAGGGCGGCAGCCCGCUCGGUCAAACGCCG